CUCCCCGGACCGAGUGUUGCAUUGCAGUACAAGAGACGGUCGAGGAGAUAGGCUUGCUCCUUCUCUCUGCACGCCACCACCCAUCCUAACCCCCUCUCUCCCCACGUCUACUACACUACCAUCAUGUCACGAGUCAUCGUUGUCGGAGGCGGUCUCUCAGGAUUGAGCGCCGCCCACACCAUCUACCAGCGCGGCGGAAAUGUUCUCGUCAUUGACAAGAAUGCCUUCUUCGGCGGUAACUCGACCAAGGCCACCUCAGGCAUCAACGGUGCUGGCACCGCAUACCAGUCUGAGCAGGGCAUCCCCGACAGCGCAAAGAUCUUCUUCGAUGACACCAAGAAGUCGGCUGGCGACCUCGCUCGUGACGACCUCAUCAAGGUCCUCACCGGACGCUCUGGAGAGGCCGUCAACUGGCUCUCCGACUCCUUUGGCCUCGAGCUCAACAAGAUCUCUCGUUUGGGAGCCCACUCUCAGCCCCGUACUCAUCGUGGUGCAGCUCAGUUCCCUGGCAUGAGCAUCACCUACGCCGAGAUGGAGAAGCUCGAGGACCUCGCCGAGGCCGACCCUGAGCGCAUUCAGAUCAUCCGCAAGGCAAAGGUCACCAGCCUCAUCUACGAGGACGGAGACGUCAAGGGCGUCGAGUACGAGUUCCAGGGUCAGAAGCACAGGGAGCACGGCCCCGUCAUUCUCGCCACCGGGGGUUACGCCGCCGACUUUGACGACGUCAACUCGCUCCUCAAGAAGCACCGUCCCGACCUCAUGCACCUCUCGACGACCAACGGCGACCACUGCACGGGUGACGGCCACAAGAUGGUCGCCGCCAUUGGCGGUUCGCUCAUUGACCUCGAGAAAGUUCAGGUCCACCCGACUGGUCUUGUUGACCCCAAGGAGCCCGAGGCCAAGGUCAAGUUCCUUGCCGCCGAGGCUCUUCGCGGCUGCGGUGGUCUUCUCCUCGACAACGAGGGCAAGCGAUUCGUCGACGAGCUCCAGAAGCGCGACUGGGUCUCCAACGCCAUGUUCAAGCACGACAAGUUCCCCGUGCGACUGAUUCUCAACGGCAAGGCAUCGCAGGAGAUUGAGUGGCACUGCAAGCACUACGCUGGCCGUGGUCUCAUGAAGCGCUUCGAGCACGGCGACGAGCUGGCCAAGGAGAUUGGCUGCUCGCCCGACACGCUCAAGCAGACGUUUGACAAGUACAACAAGAUUGCCUCUGGCGAGGAGAAGUGUCCAUUUGGCAAGAAGUACUUCUCCAACGGUCCCUUCAAGAUGGACGACUACUUCUACGUCGCCCAGAUGCAGCCCGUCCUCCACUACACCAUGGGCGGUCUCGAGAUCAACGACAAGUCCGAAGUCCUCGACACCAACCAAAAGGUCAUCCCCGGUCUGUACGCCUGUGGUGAGAUUGCUGGCGGUGUCCACGGCGCCAACCGAUUGGGUGGCUCGUCACUCCUGGGCUGCGUCGUCUUUGGCCGAGUCGCCGGCGACGCAUCGUCUGCCUACCUGAUGCGCGGCAUGUCGACGGGCAAGAUCGCCUCUGGCCGUGCUGGUCAGGUCGCCAACCACCUCGCCACGACGGUCACAGUCCACCCGGAGUCGAAGAACGUUCAGCUCACCUUCUCAUGGGCUGACGCUCAGGGUGGCGCCAUGACCGCCUCUGGCUCUCCCGCCGCUGAGUCAGCCCCACCAGCGCAGACGAGCAACGCAGCCACUUCUUCGCAGCCCACUGGCCAAAAGAAGGACAAGGAGGUCCAGCAAAAGGCCGAGCAGAAGGAGUACACCCUCGAGGAGGUAGCCAAGCACACUGAGAAGGGCGACCAGUGGGUCGUCGUUGAGGACAAGGUCUUGCACGUUGACGACUUCCUUCCCGACCACCCUGGAGGAGCCAAGGCCAUCGAGAUGUUCGCUGGCAAGGACGCCACCGAGGGCUUCCUUCAGUUCCACGAGCCCACCGUCAUUGCCAAGUACGCGCCCCACAUUGUCAUCGGCAAGCUCAAGCAGUAGGCGUGCGCGCGUGUGACCCGUUCUCCUUCUGUAUUUGAUUCCAUGCUUCUUUGCCAAUGUCAUGACCACACAUGCCAC